GUAGAUAAUGUUCCGAACAGAACAAAAAUAUUCGCCAUGCGACCUUUCUUAUUUACGAUUAAACCGGCACAUUUGAUUCGCACAAUAUUAAGACGGAGAUGUCCAGUUUUGAUACAACACAGACUAGUUUUCAAGUUAUCAAAAUCCGAAGAAAUGAAUCGGAUACGUAAUAUCGGCAUCAUUGCUCACAUAGACGCUGGUAAAACGACAACAACUGAACGGAUGUUGUUCUACUCUGGCUUCAGCGAACACUUGGGUUCUGUUGAUGACGGCGACACAGUGACAGACUACAUGGAUCAAGAACGAGAAAGAGGAAUCACGAUCACAUCUGCUGCUGUGACAUUUGACUGGAAUAAACACCGGAUUAACCUGCUUGAUACUCCAGGACAUAUAGAUUUUACGGUGGAGGUAGAGAGGUGUCUGCGUGUACUAGAUGGAACAAUCACAGUUCUAGAUGCUGCUGCAGGUGUGGAGGCUCAGACGAUAACUGUUUGGCGCCAAGCAGAGAGGUACAAUAUCCCCUCUAUCAUAUACCUUAACAAGAUGGACAAGCCGUAUGCAGAUUUCCAGCAAUGUUUGCAGUCAAUAGAGGACAAAUUACAUGUGAAGACAAUGCCCAUCUUUAUACCUAUCAGCUGUGAUAGAAACACUAUGACACAGAUUGAUAUUGUGGGUAAAAAUUUACUCACUUGGGACUUGAAUGAAUCUGCAAAUGGAAGAAAAUUUUACAUUAAAAAAAUCACCCCAGAGGCAGAUGAGAAUUUAUGGGGAGAUCUGAUAAAGUGGAGAAGAUCUGUAGUUGAGACAUUAGCAGAUUUGGACUCCAAACUAGAGGAACAUGUGUUGUGUAAUACACCUAUAGCAGACGUCCCUGCCAUCGAUCUGGUACACGGACUGAGGCAGGCUACAUUAGAUAGACACGUGGUCCCUGUGCUGGGAGGAAGUUCUCUACGAAACAUGGGUAUACAACCACUAAUAGACUCUGUAUGUCUCUACCUCCCUAAUCCAAGUGAUAGAAGUUUUGAAUUCACCAAGUUCUAUGGUAAAGACUUAUGUGCUCUGGUCUUCAAAAUAAUUCACCAUAAAGAACGAGGAACUCUGACUUUCCUUAGAAUAUACAAUGGAAACAUAAAAGUAAAGGCUAACAUUUUUAAUGUGAACCGAAAUUUAAGUGAGAAAGUGACAAGGCUACUUCAGGUUUAUGCAGAUGAUUUCCAGGAAAUACCUUUUUCUGGGCCAGGCACCAUUGUGUGUGUUACGGGACUCAAGUCGGUGAGGACAGGUGAUACAAUAACAAGCAGUCAGCUAGCAGCGAGACGAGCGAGGAAAAAUAUGCUAAAACUGCAGGAGGAGGAACUGAGUUCAGCAGGUCACAUUCAGAGUUUUGAUCUGCAUGAAGAAGAUGACAUCGAUGAUGAUGACGAUAUGAGUGAUGCCAUUCUUGCUGGGAUACAGAUACCACCUCCAGUGUUUUUCUGUUCUAUAGAGCCGCCAUCAAUGUCUAGUCAGAGAAAGAUGGAGUUGGCACUGGAGUGUCUGCAACGUGAGGACCCUAGUCUACAGGUGGAGUACAAAGAAGAGACUACCCAGACCAUCCUCUCAGGUAUGGGGGAACUUCACCUCGAGGUUAUAAAGAACCGCAUUAUCCAGGAAUUCAAAGUCGACGUGGACUUGGGGCCGUUACAAGUGGCCUAUAGGGAGGUAAUCAGUGGAAAGGACAUUGUUCAAAAGGAAAACUUAAACACUUGGAUUGGUAACCAACAGCACACAGUUAAUUUAACAAUGGCUGUCAGUCAUAAUCCAGAGGCUGAAAAGUUCACCCGUGUCAAGAUAGUGAAUAGUGAAGGAGCGCCAUCCUUACAGAAUAUAAAGUGGAAGCAUAUCAAGGCCAUUGAGAAUGGGGUAAAAUCAGCCUUAUCAGGAGGACCCAUUUUGGGCUACCCUGUGAUAAAUGUGGAGGUGUCCCUGCUUGACUUCAGUAUUGGACGAGGGACGUCACUCCCCAUGAUCAGUGCUUGUGCGUCCCAAUGUGUACGACAUGCCUUAGAGCAGGCUGAGCCACAACUACAGGAGCCUUUUAUGAAACUAGAAAUCAGUACAGAGGAGGAAUGGCUGUCACCAAUCCUUAAGGACUUGACAAUGAGACGUAGUGAGCUGGAGGGUGUACAGUACAGGGAUGGGGUACGCUUGGUGGAAGCCCUCGUCCCACUGGUCGAGCUACGUGGAUACUCUUCAGAUCUCCGACGAAUUACCUCAGGGUCUGCAUCCUUUGUCAUGGAACUCUCCCAGUUCAGAAAUAUGUCCACUGACGAAGAGAGGAAGGCAAUAGAAACAGCUACAGGAUUUUCACCCUAGUAUUUAUUACAUAAUAAAUGUUUGUAUUAAAA